GUUCAGCGCUGCUUCCGGCUUCGCAUCACCCAAACAAACUUCAACAUGUGUUUACGUCAAAUGUGUCUUCACUGAAGAAGCCACUUUACUGCCAUGUCGAGCGGCUACAAGCCAGAUAUCCUGUGGUCGCCGCAUCACGCAGACCGUUAUGUGAUCUGCGACACUGAACUCAGCCUGUACAGGAUCGGACCUGCGGGAAGCUCAGAAACCAAAGCCGGAGCUCUUCCGUUAUCCGAGGAGACUGCAGCCACGCUGCUGGCCAUCAACUCAGAUACUCCGUAUAUGAAAUGUGUGGCCUGGUAUCCGAAGCACGAACCAGAAUGUUUGCUGGCCGUGGGACAGGCCAACGGUCGGGUCGUCUUGACCAGUCUGGGACAGAGCCACAACUCCAAAUGUAAGGAGCUGGUAGGUAAAGAGUUUGUUCCCAAGCACGCCCGACAGUGCAACACGCUCGCGUGGAAUCCGGUGGACAGCAAUUGGCUCGCGGCUGGUUUGGAUAAGCAUCGGGCUGAUUUCUCAGUCUUGAUAUGGGACAUCAGUAGUAAGUUUUCCCCCGAGGCCGUACCCACAGAGAAGCUUCGGAUCUCCGGAGACACUGAUUCGGGGCUGGUGGUGACCAAGCCGUUGUACGAGCUGGGUCAGAAUGACGCUUGUCUGUCUCUUUGUUGGCUACCUCGGGAUCAUCAAAAGUUACUGUUGGCCGGCAUGCACCGAAAUCUGGCCAUCUUUGACUUGCGUAACACCAGCCAGAAGACAUUUGUGAACACCAAAGCCAUACAGGGCGUGACGGUGGACCCGCACUUUCAAGAUCGUGUCGCGUCCUUCUUCGAAGGUCAGGUCGCUAUUUGGGAUCUGCGAAAGUUCGAGAAGCCGGUUUUCACGUUGACCGAACAGCCAAAACCUUUGAUCAAAGUGGCAUGGUGUCCCACUCGCAUGGGCCUGCUGGCCACGCUCACGAGAGACAGCAACAUAAUUCGUCUGUAUGACAUGCAGCACACGCCCAUGCCCUUCGGUGACGAAGUCGAACCCACCAUCAUCGAGCGUGGCGUGCAGCCCUGCAGCGAGAGCAUCAUCAGUAGCUUUGCCUGGCACCCGUCGGCACAGAACCGCAUGGUGGUGGUGUCACCCAAUAGGGUUAUGAAUGACUUCACGGUCUUCGAGCGCAUUUCAUUGGCCUGGAGCUCCACCACGUCCCUGAUGUGGGCGUGUGGGCGACACCUAUACGAGUGUGCAGAAGAUGCUGGGCCGGGAGCGGCGUCUAUCGAAAAGGACAUCGCCACCAAGAUGAGAGAGCGUGCGCAGUCACGCUACGGCCACGACACUGUUCAGAUGUGGAGAAACCAUGUGCUGGCUGGAGGGGACGACCCUCAGCUGAGGUCCAUCUGGUACACGCUACACUUUAUGAAACAGUACACUGAAAACAUGGAGCAAAAGCAACAGGGCAGUAAACAAUCAUUGAUUUAUUCAGGCAUCAAAAACAUUGUCAAGUCCAGCUCUGGCACUACGGAGACACGGCGGUGCUGGUCAGGCUCAGACAGACAGACGGAUGUACCGCGGUAUCACAGCGAGGAGCGCAGUCUGGCCCUGCAGUUGUGUGGCUGGAUCAGUCAAGGACCAGACAUCGAUGUGGAGCCCUUUCUGAAGUCUCUGGAGCAGGAGGGCGAAUGGGAAAGAGCCGCUGCUGUCGCUCUCUUUAACCUUGACAUCCGCCGGGCGAUUCAGAUUCUUAAUAAAGGAGCUUCCUCAGAGAAAGGUGACCUGAAUCUGAACGUGGUGGCCAUGGCUCUGUCGGGUUACACCGAUGAGAAGAACUCUCUGUGGAGAGAGAUGUGCAGCUCUCUGAGGCUUCAGCUGAAGAAACCGUACUUGUGUAUCAUGUUUGCAUUUCUCACCAGUGAACCUGGCACCUAUGAUGGCGUCUUGUAUGAGAGUCGUGUAGCUGUAAGGGACCGGGUGGCCUUCGCAUGCAUGUUUCUCAAUGAUGCUCAGCUGCCACGUUACAUAGAUAAGCUGACCAAUGAGAUGAAGGAAGUUGGUAACUUGGAGGGCAUUUUGCUCACGGGGCUGACUAAAGAUGGCGUGGAUCUGAUGGAGAGUUAUGUGGAUCGCACUGGAGACGUGCAGACGGCCAGCUUCUGCAUGUUGAAGGGUUCUUCAGGUGAGGUACUGAAAGAUCCUCGCGUGCAGUGCUGGAUCGAAAACUAUCGCAACCUGUUGGAUGCUUGGAGGUUUUGGCACAAACGCGCUGAAUUUGACAUACAUAGAAGUAAAUUGGAUCCCAGCUCGAAACCUCUUGCACAGGUGUUUGUGAGCUGUAACUUCUGUGGAAAGUCUAUAUCAUACAGCUGCUCUGCAAUACCACACCAGGGCCGUGGGUUCAGCCAAUAUGGCGUCAGCGGUUCACCUACCAAGUCAAAGGUCACUAGUUGCCCAGGAUGUCGUAAACCACUGCCACGCUGUGCUCUCUGCUUAAUGAACAUGGGCACACCUGUGUCCAGCUGCCCAGGAAAGGCAGAUGAGAAAGCUGAUCUUACACGAGACAAAAAACUCGCACAGUUCAAUAACUGGUUUACCUGGUGCCACAAUUGCCGUCAUGGCGGUCAUGCAGGUCACAUGCUCAGCUGGUUCAGAGAUCACAGCGAGUGUCCCGUCUCCGCCUGCACCUGUAAAUGCAUGCAGCUGGACACCACAGGCAACCUGGUGCCUUCAGAUGCUGUAUAAAGUCUGUUACGCCCUCCAUGUUGUUAUUUAAAUCUUCUCGCUUCACUACAUGCCAGCAAUCCACACAAGUAGAGAAUGACAGCCGUUGCAUUCAAACGUGAACGUGUGUGUCUUUCUGACAUAUGUGACGUGACCUACUGUACACACAUCACUUGUAUUAAUGACAGGUGUUCUCCCGUCACAGGAAGUAAAGCAGUUAGAUUGGUAGGAUUAUAUAGCCUAUGAUUAACUCGCCCACCCACAGACGGUUUUGUGUUUGUGACAUUUCGACGUGCUUGAGAAAGUAUGUCUGUAAAUGUCUGACAGGCGCCUUUGAGAUCUGGUCCAAAAGUCAUCAGUACCUGGAGCUGCUGUAAGUAAUGUGUAUUAAAGACAGGAAAAAUGAAUGCAAUUGUUACAAACUGAGGAGUUGCAUGGGAGCAAAGUUUUGUUUAUGUCUCGGUAAGUGAUUUUAUGUGGCCGUUGACUAUUUAAAAGACCAAUAUCUUUUGAAUCGAGUUAUUUGUAUUGUGUAUAUUGUUCUGAUUGAUUUCAUGUUGCUUUAUAACAUAAUGAACCACUCAGUUUAUAUCUGAAUGACUCAAAACUGUCUACAAUAAGAUCAAAACUAAAGCAAAGUUUAUACAGGAACUACCAUCAAAAAAGUAGCAGUUGUACUGUAGUUAAAGAAAAACCUCUUACCAAAGUUUAUAGGAUACGCUAACUAAACUAAAUUUAUUUAAAUUUUGUUUUAAAAAUAAUUAUUAACAACAUAAAACUCUUAUUUGUGGAUUUCUGUUGUUUAUAAUCUGUCAUUACUAGAUUGGCCAAGUGUUUUGUAUUAUCUAAAGACAUUGAAAAAUGCUGUUUUGUAUUGCUUUGUUUAAUUUAUUGCACAAUCAAUGCAACAAUACAUUAACAUCCUAGUAUUUAAAUAACUGUGUCUUUAUUUUUGGGAAAUAAAUCCAUUACAAUUUAAUGUUACUAAAACACUGAAAACGUUUUUUUUUUAUGCUGAAGUUAACUGUGUACAACAACAAAUGUGUCCUGUUUUCAUUUUGCAUCAACUACAGUACGUCAAUAUGUUGCAAGCAGAGUUUCUGAGUAAUUCAGUAUAACAGAUCCAAGAUGAACAUUACUGCAAAAAUCCAUUGAAUCUUUUAAAGGGGACAUAAAAAUGGAAAAAGUCA